AUGGCUUCAGCUUCGCCGCAAUGUCAGGCCCUGCGAGGUGACAAGCAGCGCUGCACAGAAGAAGCUACCCACGCCAACCAGCUCUUCUGUCUCUUGCACUCUAGACAAGCUCAGGGUCUGUAUGUCGGAUACAAGCGUCGCAAUGCCAAGCUUGAAUACCUUGAAAAGGAUUCUCCCGAGUAUUUGGCCAAGACUAAAACUCCUCUCGUCAACGAUGACUUCAGUGCCGUCAACGAUGAAGAAACCAUCCAAGACGUCAUCAAUCAUCUUCUCACCAAGUACAGCACCCUCAAUCGCGUGAUCGAGGCCCGAAAACAGCAUCACAUGCGCUUCUACUCCAUCAGCUAUGACUACGGCCACCAGUUAUACAUCGAUAAGCUUGUCAACCAGCGUCAUAUCACUCUUGGUGCUCUCGAGAGAGCCAGGAAGCGCUUCCUCGCUAUGCAUUACGAGAAUGAGCGGUGGUACUCUUGGGUUAAACACGCCCAAGACGAACAAGAAGAGAACCGCGAGAAGGAGCAGAAGAAGGUCAAGCAAGAAGCUGCUUUGUUCCAGCGUCACAUGAAGCAGUUGGAGGCCCGACUCGAAAUCAUGCGAAGAAAGGAAGAAAAGAGACUUCAAGAUGCUUUCCUCGACGAGGCCUACAAGGAGCGCAUGGCCCAAAAUGACGACAAUGCAGAUGACGCCGCUUGGGAUCCUAUCGAGGAUAUGGAAGAAGAUAAGCGAAACCAGUACAUCGACCUCAUCAAGCACUUCCUCUGGAUGCCAGUCGACCUUGAAGAGAUACCUUCCACAACCCAUGAUGCAUCAUCAGACACCCCCUCUGUAGACGUACCAUCUGUAUUUGUACCUACCUCGGAGCCUGAAGCUUCAACCUCGUCGGCUACUGCCAUGGUCAAGGCCAAGAAGAAGAAAGCAAAAAGCGGUUCUAAGAAAACUUCCAGCAUUGAAGAUGGGCUGGUAGGACAGAUGAAGCUACUUGCUAUAGCCAAACGACCUCGAUCUAACCGAGAGUCUGAGUUGAAAGAGCCGGAUAAAAAAAACAUUGAGAUAGAGGAAGAAAUGAGAAAGCGCUUGCGUGAAGGUGCCAAUAAGAACCGGCAAAUCAUGCCUGGUACGCAGAUUGUGGGCACCAUGGUAAAUCCCCACACGACGUGGGAUAAGACUGCGCCCAUGCCAGAAGACGAGAUCGAUGAUGUUAUACGAGACAUCAGAGAGAUCAAACUUUAUCUAUUCUGUCGUCUCAUUUUAUCGCAAGCUUCUCUGCUCCCCGCGGCUCUGAAAGCCAACAAUGUUCAAGAGUUUUUGGACGACAAUACUGUUGCCGAGUCUGAUCUCAGAGAUCUCUGCCUCAGGGUCGCAGAGCCUACUCUUCAGGAUAUCAGAGACGCAUCUGCCGAUUUCGCCCAUGGGGACAAACCAGACGAGAUUUCCGUCGAUGAUACCGAUGAUGACGAUGACGAGACUUUAGAGGAUCUCGCCAGGAGCGACACUAAAUAUUCGCAUCUUCACACUCGCAACUGGUUCAUAGAUAGGGCCAAGAGGUACGUAGAGGAGAAGAAGAAGAAAAAGAAGAAAAAGAACAAGUCAAAGGGAUCAGAAUCAAAGUCCAAGGUAACCAUCUGCGAAAAGAGUAUCUGGAACCACGCCAGUCAGAACGUCAUGUCGCGAGAUGGCUGGCUUCAGUUCUCCAUCAUGGCCAAGGACUGUAACUUGCAGCACGCCAUCCAGCUCUGCAGGAACUGGUCCGAGUUCUCAGACCUGAGCUUACUUGCCAUGUGGCAAUACUUCCUAGCGUCUAAUUGGGAUUCCUGGGGUGUGAACACCUUGACGCAGCAGCUCCAGCAGUUUGGCUUCUUCCCGUACUUCGCCGACUAUAACGCUCGAACAAUUAUGCGUUAUCAUCAAUCCGGCAAUCGCAGCGCUGUGCGUCGCCAGCACGAUAUGAUUGAAGCAAGGAAUAUCCUGGUAGGAAGCAUGAAGCGUAACGACCCUGUUACACGACGCUUUCUUCAAUAUCUCCUUAUACGCGCAGGCGAGGUGCUGGUUAUGGUCCGCGAUGGUAAGACAGGAAGAGUCAUCACUGCAUCGCCCAAGGAACAUUUGUGGACGUACAGAAAGAAGACUGGACUUGGAAGGGCGGCCAGGGAUGAGUGGGAGAAUAUCCUAGAAAUGGGCCCUGAGUUUAUGAAGUUGACUGACCAGCUUCGUGAGUGGCGUUUUGGAUUCAACGACUUUUAUGAUGUCUAUAUCUGGGACUUGAAACCCGGACAGGACGAGGUAGAGAUAUUCAAUAAGGUGUCCGAGGAUCUUCGUAACGCUUGGCUACAUGACGACGACGAUGUGGAAGAGUCCCUGUACAUGUUCUACAACGAGGGCAAUGAGGCUGAAGAUGCGGUCCUGUUCCCUGACGAAUCCACGAGAAAGAACUUUGCUUUUAGGGAGAUAUCCAACGAUCCGCAGCACGAUGCUCUUCGUGAUCAGCAGAUGCAUACAAUUCGGUGUCUCCCGAACCUAUGGGUCACGGGUUCUGCGCAGGCUCGCAAGGAGAAACUUGACGGGAAGUCAAGGGCACUUCUCAAAAAGACGGGUUUGAUGAGGGAGCCCAAGAAGAUGAAUUUUGACAUCCGUAUGGAGACUCUCGAGACUCAGGAGAUAUAG